GUGGAUCAUUUGCCUAUCUAAGGGUAGAAUUAGGAGACUUCGUGGCAUUCAUCGCGGCGGGCAACAUCCUCCUUGAAUAUGUAAUUGGCGGUGCUGCUGUGGCCCGUUCAUGGACAUCAUACUUUGCCACUUUGUGCAAUCAUCAUCCGAACGAUUUUCGCAUCCACGUCUCGUCUUUUCCUGACGACUACAACCAGCUCGACCCCAUUGCCAUUGUCGUGAUCAUCGUCAUUUGCACUUUAGCCAUAGCCAGCACCAAAGGCUCCUCUCGCUUCAACUACAUUGCUUCCAUUUUCCACGUUGCCAUCAUUCUCUUCAUUGUCAUUGCUGGCCUAACCAAGGCCAACCCGAAAAACUUCACUCCCUUUGCCCCCUAUGGCCCUCGUGGCAUCUUUGUAGCCUCGGCCGUUUUGUUCUUUGCAUAUGUUGGUUUCGAUGCCGUUUCGACAAUGGCUGAGGAAACUAAGAACCCUGCUAAAGAUAUACCUAUUGGUCUUGUUGGGUCCAUGGUGAUCACCACUUUAGCCUAUUGCAUUCUUGCGGUUACGUUGUGCUUGAUGCAACCGUACCAACAAAUUGAUGAGGAUGCGCCGUUUUCAGUGGCUUUUGAGGCUGUUGGAUGGGGUUGGGCUAAGUACAUUGUCGCUGCUGGUGCUAUUAAAGGCAUGACCACCGUGUUGUUGGUUAGUGCUGUUGGACAGGCUCGCUAUCUCACGCACAUUGCCAGAUCCCACAUGAUCUCACCAUGGUUCGCCAAAGUGCAUGAAAGGACUGGCACUCCAGUGAAUGCAACAGCCACCAUGCUCGCUGCAACAGCAAUAAUUGCCUUCUUUACAAGUUUGGGAAUCCUCUCAAACCUCCUUUCUAUCUCCACCCUCUUCAUCUUCAUGUUGGUAGCCCUCGGCCUAAUCGUCCGACGCUACUAUGUCAGUGGUGAAACGACGUCAUCGGACCGAAACAAGCUCAUAAUCUGCCUGGUUCUAAUCCUCGGAUCUUCAAUAGCAACCGCCGUAUAUUGGAGCUUGAGCAACGGCUGGAUCGGCUUGGUAGUGUCCAAUUCCAUAUGGUUUCUCUCAACUCUAGCCCUAUGGCUGGGCGUCCCACAAGCCAAAAAGCCUCGUGUGUGGGGCGUGCCGCUCGUCCCAUGGGUGCCUUCAUUGUCAAUCGCCAUCAACCUUUUCCUUCUUGGGUCGAUCGACAAAGCUUCAUUUGAAAGGUUUGGAAUCUGGACUGGGAUUCUGUUAGUUUACUAUUUCUUGAUUGGAUUACAUGCUUCUUAUGAUUCGGUCAUGGAGUCCAAGAUGGUAGCAGGAGAAGUUAACAACAGUGUGUGAACGGGGAAGAAGAAGCUCAACUUUGAGAAAUGGAUCUCAUGUUGUUUGAAUUUAUAAUGAUUGGCUUAGUGCUUUCGUUAGGGGACUUGUUGUUUAUGUUUGUUAUUGUGUUAGCAAGGACGGUGGUUUGUUUGUAUGCAUUUUAUUGUACUUGUAAAAAUUAUAGAUAGUUCAUGAAAAAAUUAUAGCAUAUUAGUUGAGCAUGAGACGUUAGUAGC